AUGCUCGACAUGUCUACUUCUCCAAGUAACGUGCUACCCGAGGGUAUCGACCGCAAGAAGAAGAGUGCAUGGGCUAGAAGGCGGGCGCGAAAAGCUCGAAAAGUUGCCCAAGCAGGGACGAAUGAGCCGCAGCAGAUUGCCGAGACCAUGCACAAGGGUUCCGGGCAGGCGGAAGCGGUGCAGGAGGAGAUCAAGAAAGAAGAAGCUCGAGUGAAGCGCGAGCAGGGGGCGCAAGUAGCGCGCGCUGAGAAGAUGAGAAAGAAGGAGGACGCGAAAGUGAAGCGAGAACAAGAGGCGCAAGCAGCGCACGCUGAGAAGAUGAAGACGCUGACCGCUAGGGGUGCGUUUCUCGUUCACUCGUAUGACGACCUCCGUCCAUACAAUGGAUAUCCUCACAUCUACGGUGAACGUAUGUUCCAGAAGCCUGUGGUAAGUACCCUAUGGAUCUGGACACAUGAUGCUAUACUCACAAGUCUGUAG